AUGGGCAAGGAAGAAGACAAGGAGAAGGCCGAGAAGCUUGCGGCCGCAAAGAAAAGGGUCGCUCAGCUACAGAAGAAGAAAAAGGCUGGCGCAAAAUCCGGUGCUACGUCCAAAGACAAGUCCACUAAGGAUGACACUCCCAAGUCGCCUACCAAGGACGCGGCCGAUGCAGAGCCUGAGGAGGAUGGACCUACAGAGACCGAGGAGAAACCCCUAGAAGACAACAAGACCACCUCAGAAGAACCUGUCGACGCCGACGAAGCAGACUUCAAUGCCGCUAUCGCAGCAGCCACCUCACCUCCUCCAGAUGAGGGUUCUGCUGCCAAAUCGCCUGAAGAUGAUACAUUCCCUGCCGAUGCGCCCUCACGCGCUCGUCAUAUCGGCCGACAAGCCUCUAUCUCCCUCCAGUCCAAACUUCGCAGCACCUCCUUCCGGGACACAGCGCCUGGCCCGACGUCCCCAGGCGCCGGCCCUCUAGCCCGAGUCGAAGAACUAGAGCGCGAGAACAAGCGUCUAGCGGAAGAAGCCGCCUCACAUGAGUCCCGAUGGCGGCGUACAGAAGAACAACUCGAAGAGCUUCGGGAAGAGUCGGUCGCGGGAGAAAGCAAAACCAUCGAGAGCCUGAAAUCCGAGAUCGAGCUACUAAAGCGCCAGCAACGCACCGGAUCCACGAGCGGUGGAGGAGGCAAGACAUCACGACGAGAAAGUUCUGCAAAUGCACUCCACGACAGUGCAGCACAGUCGCACUUGAAAGACCUCGAGGCCAAAGACGCGACCAUUGCAGACAUGCAGCUGGAAAUCAGCCGCAUGCGCGGCCAACUCUCCUCACAAACCGAAGGCUGCGAAACACACGGCGAGCAGAUUUCCUCCCUUCAAUCAACACUCUCCUCCACCGAGACGAAGCUACGCACCAUCGAAACUGAGCUCGCAGACACGAAAAAAGCCCUCCAUCGCGCCUCCGAGAAGGCCGUGUCCGAUGGCACAGAGCGCACCUCCAAAGACACGCGCAUCCGGUCCCUCGAGCGCGAAAUCGCCGAGGCCACGUCCUCCCUCGCCGAAGCGGCCAGGAAGGCCGACCAGCUCGAGAAGAAGGUCGAGGUCAUGAACAAACUGCACCGCGAAGCCGAGGGCCGCGCGGGGAGCAAGCUCAGCGCCGCCGAAGCGGCCGCGAGGGAGAUCCCCGCCCUGCGCGCCAAAGUUGCCACGUUGGAGGCGGAGAACGCGAAGCUGCGCGAGAAGCACAAGCGCGCCAUGUCUGGCGGAGGCGCAGACGAAGGAAUCGACGACCUGGAAGACGAGGAGCGCCGCAAGCUGGAGCGCCGCAUUCGCGAGCUCGAGGGCCAGGUCUUUGAGCUGCAGCGCGGCGUGUGGCGGGACAAGCGCACCGCUUUGCAACCCGGCAUGGGUGGCGGAUCCGGCACCGACGCCAAUGCUGCCGCCGGAAGGCCGAGUCUCGAGGGCCGCGCCACGCAGGAAGAAGGCUUCGACGAAGUCGACCUGUCCGGCGCCGCCGCAACGUCGCGCCGCGCAUCCAGUUUCUUCGGGGCCUCCUCGCGCGGCGCCACCGCCAGUCCGGGCACCCAACAGCAGCAGCAGAAACACAGCAAUUUCACGCAAUACCUCUCCUCGGGAUUCAACGCAUUUCUGGGCCCGCAGUCGCCUGGCGCUGGUGCUGCUACCACCGGUGGUGGUGCAGGUCGGCCUCGGAACGACUCACUCCUACAAGACUUCGACGGGGAUGAGGGUGGAGAUGGUUUCGACGAGGCGGCGUUUGCGCGCGCGCAGCGCGAGGAGGAGAUGAAGAAGAUGGUGGAGCAUGUAAGGGAGGUGAAGAGGGGGUUGGGGAGGUGGAAGGGCUGGCGGCUGGAUUUGGUGGAGACGAGGAAGGGGGAUGGCGUUGGUGCGGGUGAGGUUUUUGAGGUUUGA